ACAAGGAAUCGUUGCAGCUGAACUCGAUGUUCCCAAACAGGAGCACGGACAAAACCGCAUAGUGAAGACAGGCGGAGCUUGGCCUGAGACCCCCGUGAAAACCAUCAACGCCUUGUCGUGCCUCGUGCGCUCGCCUUCGCCAGCAGACAAAACCUGUCACCGGGCGACGCAGUGGCGCGGCUGUAUAUAAGCGCACCACCGGAUUCCGGCGUCUCACCUCGCUCGCAGCCUUACUGCACCCACCGUCCGUUCGUUGCUGCAGCUGGGGCACUGGGAUCAGCUGCCGUUGCUGGGCGAGCCAUGGAGAACUUGCUGAUGGUCAAGAGCGAGAUCGAGAGCUACGCGGGGCCGGCUCCGGCCGCGGCGAUCAACGCGCCGGAGGCGAGCCAGGUGGUGGUGAGGAGGAGGAGGAGGGAGCCGGCUCUGCUCGCGCCGAUCAGCGGCGGCGCCAACGGCAGCGGCAUUGGCAAGCCGCUGCCGAGCAUCACCGUCAAGAGGAGCUCCAGGUUCCGUGGAGUCAGCAGGCAUCGAUGGACAGGUCGUUUUGAAGCGCAUCUGUGGGACAAGAACUCGUGGAAUCCAACGCAGAGGAAGAAGGGAAAGCAGGUCUAUCUGGGAGCAUACGAUGAGGAGGAGGCAGCUGCAAGGGCCUACGACCUUGCUGCUCUCAAGUACUGGGGACCCACCACCUACACAAACUUCCCGGUCAUGGACUAUGCGAAGGAGUUGAAGAUAAUGGAGAACCUUACAAAGGAAGAGUACCUUGCAUCACUGAGAAGGAAGAGCAGUGGCUUCUCAAGAGGAGUGUCCAAGUACCGAGGGGUCGCCAGGCAUCACCAAAACGGAAGAUGGGAAGCAAGAAUCGGCCGCGUCUUCGGGAACAAGUAUCUCUACCUAGGAACUUACAGCACCCAAGAAGAGGCCGCGCGCGCGUACGACAUCGCCGCCAUCGAGUACAAGGGCGUGAACGCGGUCACCAACUUCGACCUGAGAUCCUACAUCACAUGGCUGAAGCCGAGCCCGAGCGCCCCCGUCGCCUUCAACCCUGAAGCCCUCCUGAUGCAGGCGACUCCGGCCGAGCAGCUCCACCCGGCGGAGACCCAGAUGCUCCCACGCGGCAACCCGUUUCUGCUGGACCACAAUGCGCCGCCGCCGCCGCCACCGCCACCGCCAGGGAGUAGCGGCGGCCAAGAGGCCUCCCUGAUGUCUCCCGGCGGCGUGAGGAGGAGAGGCUCGCCCACCGCGCUCAGCCUCCUGCUCAAGUCGUCCAUGUUCCGGCAGCUGGUCGAAAAGAACUCUGACGCCGAGGAGGCCGGACUGGGGAUCAGGGAGGCCGCUGCGCAUCCGGAAGCCUAUGAGUACCACAACUUCUUCCAGGGAGAGGCUCCGGACAUGUGUGAUUUGUUCUCGUCAGGCAGCGGCCAUGCCCAAGAAGGUGGGUUUCAGGGAGAAAUCGCGUGCUACGACGAUGCCGAGAGGUUGGAUAAUUGGAGCGGUUUUGGCAACAUGUCAUCUCUGCAAUAGUUGCUGUAGAACUCUGUUGGAACAGACCGUCUUAUGUAAAUUUCCAAGAUUUCAAACUGCUCGUUUCCCUUCC